GCCCCCCUCUUGUUCUUCCUCCUCUUCGAUCUCGUCUCCCAAACCCUCCUCCUCCCUCCCCCCCCCUUCUCUCUCUGUAUGUGAUUCCAAAUCGUGGCUUCUUCCCCACCUCUCUUCUAGGGUUGGGUCGAUUUGAUCUCUUCUCUUGUUCCUUUUCUUCUAGUUGUCAUGUCUUCUUCUUCGUCGGCAGCAGUGGUCACAGCCAAGAUCUGCUUCAACUCCGAGUGCAAGGAGCCGUUGCCGGACCCCCUGCCCACCAGAAGAAAGGGGUGGCGCCUCCGCUCAGGCGAGAUCGCCGACCUCUGCGACCGAUGCUCCUGCUCGUUCGAGCAAGGCAAUUUCUGCGAAACGUUUCACUCUGACGAUGGAGGUUGGAGGAACUGUAAAACGUGCGGCAAGCGGGUGCAUUGCGGGUGUGUCGUUUCUGUUUCUACGUACGUGUUACUUGAUGCUGGUGGAGUUGAUUGCGUUGCAUGUGCCAGGAAAUCUCUUGUCAUGGCACCAAAUCAGGUAGCAUCUUCUCCUAUGUUUAUGUCCCAACAAGGACCUGAGAGGAGGGAAUUUCCUGCUAAAAGCUGGAAACCUGUGAGUGGUCCAUUUUUUGGACAGUGGCGUCAAGCACCACAUAUGUGGAAUAUGACAAGUGCACAAUCAGAUCUGCAACAGAGGCUGUCAUAUGAAUUUGACAGACCUAAUUGCAUCGAAAAACUUGCUCCUGGUGGGCGCUAUUCCAUUUUAGCACAUGAGAAGAAAUUUGAGAACAUAUCUGAGAAACCAAUCACUGGCAACCUUAAUAACGUUGCAAGAGAAAGAUAUGCCAAUGGCAAAGUAGGUAUUGAUGCAGCUUCUACAUUUGGUGCAUAUCAUGGAGAAGGCAAUGCUGAUACAGUGCAAGAUUCUUGCCGCCUAGUUGGAGAUAGUGAUUCUGUCUCUACAAGGAAAUUGGUGAAUGCAGACCCUUGUUCCACCAGCUCUUCUGGUGCUAACCUUGAUGCACAUCCAAAUUCAUGUGUAAACUCAUUACCCUCAUCUGCAAUAAAAGAGGAUUCUUCAUCUCUUGGGUUAGCUGCUGUUUUUCAAUCGACAAAUUGCUCAAAGGAGCCAACUAGAUUUUCUGCAAACCAAUCACAAUCUCAAACAGAUCCUCUGUCGAAGCAGUUUUACCCUCCAAGUGUGAUAGAUCCUGAAGUACAAAGUCAAAUGCGCAAUGGAAAAACUCGAGUAGAUAACCGAACGCGGUCCCAAUUACUUCCUCGAUAUUGGCCUAGAAUAACAGAUCAAGAGUUACAACAAAUAUCCGGUGGUGGAGAUUCAAACUCUGUGAUUACUCCAUUAUUCGAAAAGAUGUUAAGUGCUAGUGAUGCCGGUCGGAUUGGACGUCUAGUACUGCCAAAAAAAUGUGCUGAGGCAUACUUCCCUAUAAUUUCUCAGCCUGAAGGACUUCCUUUGAAAGUUCAGGACGCAAGUGGCAAGGAUUGGGUGUUUCAAUUUCGUUACUGGCCUAAUAAUAACAGCCGAAUGUAUGUUUUGGAGGGGGUUACCCCUUGUAUUCAGGCAAUGCAAUUGCAAGCGGGUGACACAGUAACAUUUAGUCGGAUAGAUCCAGAAGGGAAAUUGAUUAUGGGAUUCAGAAAGGCUUCUUGUGGCUCAAGCGAACAGGACUCCCAAGCAGUUAAAUCUGGCAAUGGUUUCUCAACACCUCCAGAGAGUGACAACAAGGGCACCACUAAAGAUUUUAAAGGCAAUACAGAAUCAAGGAACUUGAUCAAUACACCAGAGCAGCGAAACUGCUCUAACUUUGCAAACGAAGGUGUGUUACAAAAAGAUAGGCUUAGUGCUAGGUCCUCACAGGGUACUAGAAGGAAAGGUGGCAAUCUUGGUUCCAAGAGUAAACGUCUACGAAUUGAAAAUGAGGACUCCAUGGAAUUAAAGUUAACAUGGGAAGAGGCUCAACAGCUGCUCCGUCCACCUCCUAACUGUGUUCCUAGUGUUGUUCUGGUUGAAGGUCAUGAGUUUGAAGAAUAUGAGGAAGCACCGGUACUUGGGAAGCGUACAUACUUUACCACUAACCAAUCUGGGGAGAAUUAUCAAUGGGCUCAGUGUGAAGAUUGCUCGAAAUGGCGCCGACUGCCUGUGGAUGCACUUCUGCCAUCAAGAUGGACCUGUUCUAACAAUACAUGGGAUACUGAAAGGUCUCUUUGCUCAGCUGCUCAGGAAUUGAGCUUGGAGCAGCUAGCAGAAUUGAUCCCUUGUAAAACAGCAGGUGCACCCAAGAGGUCCAAGGUCAAAGUUGAAACCGACAACAUUGAAGUUUCAGAUGGGCUGGAUACUCUUGCCAACCUUGCCAUUCUUGGUGAGGGUGAGAACCUCCCCCCUUCUUCCCAGCCCACGACAAAGCAUCCAAGGCAUAGGCCUGGCUGCACAUGCAUUGUAUGCAUACAGCCCCCAAGUGGCAAGGGCCCCAAGCACAAGCAGAGUUGCACAUGCAAUGUUUGCCUUACAGUCAAGCGGAGGUUCAGGACACUCAUGCUUAGGCGGGAGAAGCGUCAGUCAGAGAAGGAAGCUGAGACUGCAAGAAAGCAGCAGAAACAACAGCCCAACCAAUCAUCACCAGUGAAAGCACAAGUCUGCAGCGACUCAUUAAAAUCUGGUCUGAGUGUGAACAAUUCCCCUCAUAAAGCAAUGACAAACGAGGAGGGGAUUAGUGACGAGGGGGUCGAACGCAGAAGGGCAUCCCCAUCACCUCUCAAGGCCCCUCAGAUUGAUUUGAACAUUCAACCAGAGCGAGAGGAAGAGACCUCACCAAAAUCUGAGUCUGGUAGCAUGAUGAGGCUUCUCCAAGAUGCUGCAACUUGAACACCUUGAGAUGGUUGAUACAAACAAGGUGGCUUUUCACUGGAAUCUGUGCUUUCUUGAGGAAAUGUGUCCUGGAAUCAUGGGCCACUCGAUCAUUUUCCUAGAAGUUUAGGUACUGACUGGAAAACUGUGCUAUCUUUCCGUAUCUUGCAUGUUCUAUUCUGGGUAAGCUAGAAAUCGCCCAAUAACCUGCAUCCGACCAUCUUCCAGUUCAGCAAAACACUAAAGCAUGUCUUUGUAGAUUAGAGUGUAGUAGUUUGUCGUCUUUUGUUUCUCUUUUUCUUUUCGGAGGCUGCAGAGCAUGUUGAGGUACAUCUGAGGGAUUUGUCUAUUUGAGCAUUCAUAGGUAUGGUAAAAUUUACAAAGCUGCUGUGGGUGGGGAAAGUUGUUGUAAGAUGUCUAGUUGAGAUCAGUGGAUAAUGUUAUGCGGCUACCGAUUUCUUACAUCUAAAUUUUUAAAAAAUAUUAAAACUGUAACUUUGUGAA